AAACUCGUAGCGUACGCACGGUGGUAAUUCUUUCAUUUAGUAGAUUAUGGGCUCAGACAUUGGCUAAUGGUCUUACAUUCAUCUCAAAAGCAGUCGAAAAUUGAUCGUAACACUAAACAUGCAAAAAGUAUUUUUUGCUUUCUUUAAAUAUGGAUUUCUACUGUCACUGUCAUUUGAAUAUGGAAUUGCCAAAACAUUUUCAAAGUGUGGCGUCGAUGAGUACUGUACAAACCUUAAUGGAUGCCAACCCUUGAAGUACUUUCUGGAAUCGCUGGAAAUCAGCUAUUCAAAAAAAAUAAUAUUAUGGGAAAGACAAUGUGGUAAUAAUAAAUACUGCUGCCCAAAAAAAGGCUAUCGAGCACCCAAUGAGCAAUGCAUCAUGCUAGAUAAGUGCCUUCAGUUGAAUGGCCAAACAGGGACGAUGGCUGUUUUGAAAUCAUUUAUAAACCGCAUAUGUUAUAUAAAUCUGUCACAGAAAUACUUGCUCAAUAGAAUCUACGUAUACUGUCAAGGACAAGAAUUUCCUCCCUGCAAAUCCGAUGAGAUUUGUCAAAGCAUCGAAAGCUGCGGCACUUUGGAGCGCAUUCUGCGAUCCCAUCAAUCUGAAAUGGCCCUCGAUAUAUUAAUAAGAAGGCAAUGUGGCAGAAAUACUUACUGCUGUCCAAAGAAGGUAUUUCCAGAUUGUCACCCCAAUGAAAGAUGCAUCCGAUUGAACAAGUGCCAUGAGAUCAAUAAUAUUUCGAAGCGACAUGGGCUCCGUUCAGAUGAUGACAGAUGGUGUGCCAUCGAUACCAGAAAGAAAGAUAUGGGAAAGCGCUUCUACACCUGCUGCCCAGAACCAGGUAACGUUCUGCCAUCUUCCUGUGGACAAGCCCCUCUAGCCUACCGAGUGGCAUAUGGCACAGAGGCGACACCCAACCAAUAUCCUUGGAUGACCAUGCUUAUCUACGAGAAUACCACACUUCCAUAUCCAAACAGCAUGUCCGCCUGUGCGGGCUCGCUGAUCAACUCACGCUACGUGGUGACCGCUGCCCACUGUGUGGUCAAGGGUAAGAGUGUGAAUAAGGACCUGGUGCUCAGGAGAGUGCGGCUGGGCGAGCAUGACACCAAGGCCAAUCCAGAUUGCGACCUCACAGGAAAAUGCUCUGCCCCCUUUGUGGAGAUUGACGUGGAGUCCUUCAAUGUCCAUGAAGCCUACUCUAACACCUCGAUGUUUGAGAGCGAUAUCGCCUUGAUUCGCCUUAAAGUGCCAGUUCGGUAUUCCACAGAAGUUCAACCGAUUUGUCUGCCGAAAGACCCCAUCCCCUUAUAUAAUAAACCAUUGGAAAUCGCCGGUUGGGGCAAAACCGAAAACGGAAGUCGUAGUCAGGAUUUGUUGCGCAACACCAUUUUCGAAAACAGGUACUACUGCCAAAAACAGAUAUCGAUCUUCCGUGGCGAUACACAAAUCUGCGCUGGGGGCUUCAGUGGAGAAGACGCUUGUAAGGGCGAUUCCGGAGGUCCCUUGAUGGUAACCCUUGGACAUGGCAACGAGGAAUUCGUAUAUCUGGCUGGGAUCAUUUCAUAUGGAUAUGGGCCUUGUGGUGGAGACUCUAAGGGUGUCUACACAAAGACUGGAGUGUUUUUCAAAUGGAUAAAAGCCAAUUUAAAGCCCUAA